UUAGCAGUAGCUGGACACUUCCCUUAUAUACUUUCAGACGAGGUCGUCAAGAAGCUGAACACGAUUAACCCGAUUAUCUCCUCUAUUCUCAAUUUUACAGGAGAGUCUGUGGUUGUGAAUUGUGUGCUGUUAUUUGUGCUUCAGCAUGGCAGUCGUCAUCCGUUUACAGGGACUGAGAGUCACAGCAGGUUCUGAGGAUAUUCGCAAGUUCUUCACCGGCCUCAAAAUUCCAGAUGGAGGGGUUCAUAUAAUUGGUGGGGAGCGAGAUGAAGCUUUCAUUAUCUUUGCUUCGGAUGAAGAUGCAAGGAGAGCCAUGACACGGUCAGGGGGUUGCAUUAAGGAUUCACCUGUUACACUGCUACUCAGUAGUAAAGCAGAGAUGCAGAACAUGCUUGAAAGAAGUACAAAAAAUGUAGAGCUGGAUCAAAGGAGGCGAUUUGAGGAGAAUGCAAGACGUGCUAGAAAAUCUUUGGGCCCUGAGGCGGGCAGGAGAUCAGGUAGCAGAUCGGGUCAUACCCCUCCCCCUCAGCACCAGAGGGCUUCAAACAAUAGUGAUGACUUUUUGUGUGUGUUUCUAAAAGGAAUGCCUUUCUCUGUGACUGAAAGGGAAGUACGUGAUUUUUUCAGUGGUUUACUUAUUGAUGAAAUAAUCUUAUUGAAAAACGAAUAUGGCGCAAACAAUGGGAGAGGUCUUGUCAAAUUUGGAACAAGACAGGAUGCAAACGAAGGCCUGAAGAGGGAUAGGAAAUACAUCGGGUCAAGGUAUGUGGAGGUUUCCAUGACAACAGUACAUGAUUGGCAUCGAGCUACUGGUAGAGUACCAAUGGUUGUCAACAGGGAUGACAACUUUGAAAGGGAGAGAUCACCCAUUCGCAAUCAGAGGAAUCUUCAACAUCGUGCGAAGUCACAAUCACCUUUGGCCCAGAGGCCUAUGGCUCCUUCUGAUGAUGAGUACUGUGUUUUAAUGGACAAUUUAUCCUAUACUGUUGAAAAAGAAGACAUAAAAAAGCUUUUUCAUCAUACAAAGCUUGAGGAUGACCAGAUCCUGCACUUGAUUGACAGUGAUGGAAGAAGAACUAGAUCUUCAUUUGUGUUGUUCAAGAAUCAGCGUGACUACUGUGAAGCCUUAACUCAUGAAAAAAGACUAUUUUUUAAUCGGUGGGUUUAUACCCGUCCAAUCUCAAGAGAGAGCAUGAUCACCCUUCUUGAAUCUCAGAGUAUGGAUGUCCCAGCGUCUGGAGACUCUGAACGGAUUCAGGAGAGGCCUCCAUCUUACCUCAGUGAACGGUUUCAGGAGAGGCCUCCAUCUUACCCCAGUGAUCCUUAUGACUCUGAGAAAGUGUGUGUGUUUGUGCGGAACCUGCCAUUUGAUGUAAGGAAAGUUGAGAUCAUGGACUUCUUCCACGGGUUUAAUAUCAAUGAGGACAAGGUGUUCUUGUUGCUUGACCAUAAAGGUGCUGGGGUGGGGAAGGCUUUGAUUCUCUUCCAGUCUGAGGCAGAGGCUAUGAGGGCACUCUCUCUCAAUGGACGACGGUUUCUUGGGUCAGAAGUCAUGCUGAACUGCAUUUCACGUUCUCAGAUGCAGCAGUUGGGUGUUGAGCCCCCAAUGGCACAAGAGCCAGCUGAGCAAGAGCCACUGCCACGAGAGGAGUGGUACUCGGGCAGGAGCAGCGAGGCAUCCUAUCGCCCUGGUGAAACUGAGUACACUGACUUUAGGAUGCCUCAUGAUGGUAAUAUGCCAAUGACUAAUGUCCAGGCUCAAGUCCAUGGAGGCUGUGAUUAUGAGCCUUAUGCAGCGGGCCCCUGUGCUCCACGUGACAGGGGUAAUGGUGUUCGUGAUGACUCUGGCCCCUCAUUGCAGCAUUUUGAUGGUCCCACUUGUGUAAAGUUAAUCAACUUACCAUUCCAAAUCAGAAGCGAGGAAAUCUAUGACUUUUGCUAUGGAUAUCGCAUUAUCCCUGGGUCUGUCUCACUGCUGUAUGACCAGAGUGGAAAACCUAAAGGCUCUGCGACUGUAGUAUUUGAGUCUCGGCGGGAGGCCUUAACAGCAGUAGAGGAACUGAGUGGAAGACCAAUAGGUCCAAGAAAAAUAAAGCUACUAUUUGUUUGAGAGUGACAUUGCGUUUCAUGCCACUAACAUGCCCUAGCAGUGUGGUUUGGACAUGUACACAAUGUUUAUUUAAGGGAAACAAUUGCCUUCUGUUUCUCAUUUUGAUUAAUGUGGCAUGGGUUCAUUGAACAGCGAAUUUAGUUAUGUUUAUUUUCCCAACUGCAUUUUGUUUUAGUGAUGAGGCAUUAUAGUCUGUUGAUUUAUUAUUGGUUUUGUAUACAGUUAUCAUCUUAAAGUGAAAUACUGGAGGUUUGGUUUUCUCACUGAAAUAUUUUUGUUUAAUUCAACUUGUAACACCGUGUUGAAAAUUUUCAUUUUACUAUUUUUGGUUAUUGAAUUAUUGUAGGUUUUUCAUCACAGUUCUGUUGAUGAUGCAAACAAAUUUUGCUUUCUGACAUCAACCUGUAAAUAAAGUGUUUUCUGUGUUUGUCAUUGAGUAUUAAGUUUGGAUGUACAGUAUUUUCAUUUUA